CUUAUACUCUAAGCACCCUGAAAAAUCAUGCUAGGGCUUAUUUCCCAGUUAGGUCUUAUUUUCGGGAAAACACGGUAGUUCUGUCUUAUUAAUUGGGGGGAAGAGAGGAAGAGCUUUCAAGUUUCUCCUGCCCUAUGCAUAGGAAUAAAGGGUAAGAAAAACAGCUCCUCACUGUUCAAUCUCAACGAAACCUCUACAAGAUAAUUUUCUAACUAAUAUUGACCACACUCUUAAGUGUCCUGUGUUAUGCUAUUAUGCUAUUCGACUCUUCUGUGCCUUACAAAAUACCCCUUUGUUGUAGAGAUAGUGGGCCAUAGAGUAGUGAAAUGUCUCAGAAAUUUGGUGGGUGAGCUGCAAAUUUGACUGUUGAGUGCUUAGUAUAUGGUUGGCACCAUGCAGAUAAAGCGCUUUGUAAACAUCCUCACGCUCCCCAAAGCCUUAUGAGAUUUUUCAUUUACAUAUCUAUUAUCUCCGUUUUUUAAAAAAAGAUGAGAGAAGUGAAGACGAGAGGCUACUUGCUGAAUAUCACAGAUAAAUGGCAGAGCAAAUCCAGGUCUAAAUCUUAAGCCCACACUCUUAGCCAUUUCAUCCUUACGAGAGUGUAUUUUAAUAUAUAAAAGUUAUGUACUUUCUGCCUAACAGUAUGUGGUCUUUUUUCUGCUGUUCUAUUGUAUCCAGUGUUAGGCCACCAUUUUUAAAGCAUGCUAUUGACCACCAAUGUGGCUAAGUCUUCACAUCUUAUCACCUCUGCUAAACAAGUCAAGUCUGGUGGCUGGGACUUCACAGUGAUACUGAACCCAAGAAAUGUGGCAAAGCCCCCGUGAGGAAAGCAUAAAGCCUGCAGCUCGUGACCGUAACCAGGACCUCCCCAUCUAUCCUGCACCCCCAAACUGCUUCUGUGAAUGGAAGGAGAGCAACUGAUGAAGAAUGGACAGAAUAUGCAUGAGUCCAAGGCAAAGGCUGUGCUACGAAACGAGGAGCUUUUGACGGAAGCAGGGAACGAACGAGCCGAGUUAUACCCGCGGGGCCGAAGCCCUCCUUCACAUAAGCUCCACUAUCGUGCUGAGUUCAGAAAGCAGUUUUCUGGGAGACGGGGGCAUUUGGCGGCAGCUACUGGAGGGGAAAGACAUUACCAAGGGACGUGGGGAAGGGCUUGCGGUUUCCGCCCCACGGGCAAUUCCCGGGAAAUCCUGACCUGUUCCCUACCUUCACGAGGUAUUGGACCACGCCAGCCCCCACCAACAAAAUAGCGGGGCUUUCAGCGAGUGGGCGGAAGGACAGCCCCUCGUCCAACCAAAAAGCGGAGCUGCCCGGGUUUCCGGCCUCCUCCCGCCUUUUCCGCUUCCGGCCGUGUCGCGCCCCGCCCCUCCUGGCGGUCCUGCAAUUCAGAACGGCCGGAACCCGGGGAAUUAUGGCUGCUGCUGCAGGGUCUGUGAAGGCGGCGUUACAGGUCGCGGAGGUGCUGGAAACCAUCGUGAGCUGCUGUGUGGGGCCCGAGGGUCGCCAAGUUCUGUGUACGAAGCCCACCGGUGAGGUGCUGCUCAGCCGGGAUGGAGGCCGCCUCCUGGAGGCGCUACACUUAGAGCAUCCCUUAGCCAGGAUGAUGGUGGCAUGUGUUUCCAGUCAUCUAAGAAAAACAGGAGAUGGUGCUAAGACAUUUAUUAUCUAUCUUUGUCAUUUGCUCAGAGGACUUACUGCUGUCACAGACAAAGAAGAUUCUUUCAUGUCCAAAAAUAUUCAAACCCAUGGAAGACAUUGGAAAAAUUGUUGUCAGUGGAAAUUUAUUUCCCAAGCUCUUCUAACGUUUCAGACACAAAUAUUAGACUAUGUUAUGGACCAACACUUAAGUAGACACUUUUUGUCUGUCUUUUCUUCAUCCACUAAAGAGAGAACAUUGUGUAGGCGCUCUUUUGAGAUGCUCUUAGGGGCAUACUUUUGUGGAAGAGUGGGAAGAAAUAAUCACAACUUUAUUUCACAAUUGAUGUGUGACUACUUUUUCAAGUGUAUGCCUUGUGAAAGUGGGUUUGAAGAAGUACUUGAAUUAGUGGAUGGCUGUUUUGUAGAAUUGAAUGUUGGUGUCACCGGCCUUCCUGUUUCAGAUUCCAAGAUCGUUGCCGGACUUGUGCUUCACAGAGACUUUUCUGUGUACUGUCCAGCAGAUGGUGACAUAAGAAUAGUGCUAGUAACAGAAACUUUUCAGCCUCCCUUUUCAACUUCUGGGAUGGAGUUUAUUCUAAAUUCAGAGGCACAGUUUCAGACAUCUCAAUUUUGGAUUAUGGAAAGGACAAAAGCAAUAAUGAAACAUUUACAGAGUCAGAAUGUAAAAUUGCUCCUAUCUAGUGUGAAGCAGCCAGACUUAGUUGUUUAUUAUGCAGGACUGAAUAGCAUAUCAGUGGUAGAGUGUUUAGCAUCUGAUGAAAUUUCUCUUAUUCAGAGGAUCACUGGUCUUUCUCCCUUUGUACUACCACAGGCCUCUUCACAGUGUGAAAUCUCAAACACUGCUUUGGUGAAAUUUUGUGAGCCCCUUAUCCUUAGAUCCAAAAGGUAUGUUCAUCUUGGCUUGAUUAGUACGUGUCCAUUUAUACCACACUGUGUAGUUCUUUGUGGACCAGUGCAGGGCCUUGUUAAACAACAUGAGGAUGCUUUACAUGGAGCAUUUAAAAUGCUUCGGCAGUUGUUUAAAGACCUUGAUCUAAACUAUAUGACACAAGUCAGUGACCAAAAUUUUACAUCAAGUCCUCCUAUUUAUAAGAAUACUAGAGAAAGUAAUCAAUUACCAGAAAUUGUUAAUGGCUCAAAACAAAGGCCAUAUCAGAGCACUGUUGUAAGGAACAAAGAUGAAGUGGAAAAAACUCAAACAUAUUUAAAAGAAUCUUCAAAUUUGGUAGUUCCAGGUGUAGAAAUAGAAACAUAUGGUCCAUGUUCAACACCAACAGAUACAUACCAGACAGAUGAAAAACUGAGAUGUUUGUCUCCAAACAAAACCAGGAUAAUUGAUGACCAUGAUCUAUUUAUUGAGGGUAAUUCUAAUUCAACAACAGAAAACACUAGAAUAGAAAGUUCUUACGAAAAUUUACAGGUCACAAACAUUGCUGGAAAGGGGUAUAUGUUACCAGUGAGAUAUAAGUCACUGGAGAUCGGUACUUCCCAGAAUUACUGUUUCUCAUCUAUACCAGCAGGUUGUGUUUUGCCAGUGGGUGGUAAUUUUGAGAUUUUGUUACAUUACUAUCUUCUCAACUAUGCCAAAAAAUGCCAGCAGUCAGAAGCAGCCAUGGUUGGUAUGAUAAUAGCUAAUGCACUUUUAGGCAUUCCCAAAAUUCUAUGUAAGUCUAAGAAAGGAAUUCACAGCUUUCCACAAAUGUAUGUAAGCACUCUCCAUGCACUUCAAGCCAAUCAAUCUAUGGUAAGCAGUCAGACAGGUUUGGAAUCAGUAUCUGGUAAAUACCAGUUAAUAACUUCAGUUCUUCAGUGUUUGACCAAAAUUUUAACCAUUGAUUUGGUAAUCAAUAUUAAGAGACAACCUCAGGAAAUUUACAAUUUAGAUUCAGAAGAGGAACUAUAAAAUUGGAGGUUUUUUAUUAACCAAAGUUACAAUCGAACUGAAGUCAUUAAAAGUAAAGCAGUCAUUUGACCUCUGCUUGACAAGUCUAUUCAGUGUAGUUAGGAAGGAAAACAACCUAAUUUAAAAAGUCUUCAGAAGAAGUACACAAAGAGGCCAGCAGACAUUCAGACACAAGCAUUAGACUGUUAUGGAGGAGUUCUGAGGAGGAAGUCUUCCAGAUGAGGGAAGCCAAGAUCUGACUAAGUGUGUUUUCCCCCUCCGUGUCCCCGAGUCUCACCUCUGUGCUAGUCUAUGUGUUGUGGUAGGGUGUUUCUUUAAAGCCCGUUCUCUUUACUUUUCUGUAUCUUCUCACUCUUCAUCUUUUCUCCCUCACCUUUCUGUAUUCAGUUCAUAGAAUCGUUGAAUCUCAGAUUUGGAUGGGGUCUGGAAAUGCCAUCCUAUUUUAGUUGUCUAUAAUACAAAUCAUAUUAUUUGUUUCAUUUAAAAUAAUUUAUUUCCCCUACUCAUAAUUUCUAAACCAAUGAGUAAAAAGUCGAUUUUUUUCCUUAAAAAGCAUAUAAAUUAAAUAGGUUUUUACUUUAUGUGGCCCUUAUUUCCAUUUCAUUUGGAAAAACCUGAAGGGAUUCUCAGCAUCCAUUCUCUAUUGAAUAUAUGUUACCAAAAAUAUGACUGUACAUUGUGAACUUACUUUCUUUUCUGUAGUUAAAAGUUAAUUCCAGAAAGGUUAUGAAAUUCACACUUUAAUUUUCUCUUGGUCCCUAAGAACUUGUAAAAAUAAUUCAUGUAUUUGCUGUUUUUUUCUUGUAUUUGGUACAUAGCCAGAAUUCAAUAGUAACAGAUAAUUUAAGACUUAUUUAUUUCUAAUGCAAAUUUCAAAAUGUUUGUAAUUUUUAAAGGUUUAUAAAUACAAAUAAUACUUUGCAUCUACCCACAGAUAAUUUCAUUUUUAUAAGGUUUAUGCCAUAUGAUAACAUUUCAUUUCUCUGACUAUGAAGAGAAUAAAUACCUCUAUUUAUUAUAUGAACUCAUAGAUACAUGAACCUACUGUAAAGUUGUAUAUAAUUUUUCCUUUUACUUUUUUUAAUUGCCUGUCAGGUCAUUUGAUAAUCUUGCUUUAUUUUUGUUGUUGUUUUUUAAAUACCCCUCCAUCACUGAAGGCAUUUGAAGACUUUUGCAGACAUGCCUAGUGACUUGCAUACUAUAGGUGUUUUAUAACUAUAAAUAGUUACUGGUUCAGGAGUCCCUUUGUAAGCUGAGACUGAGUCUGUAUGUUUGGCAUCUGGUCUAAUAUCUGGCACACAAUAGUAACCAAUAAAUGUUGAGGAACUGUU